AGUUUACUUGGACGACAAGCAGCUAGAUUAUUGUUCCUCAUAGAUACGCUGUCCUAAUCUCCAUUAUUCGGUUUGACGCUGAUGCCUAAUUAUAUCCUUUUCACAUUGCAUGUUUGAUGAUUGAUAUCUGUUCAUACCCUUUUAUCCAGCUGCCUACCAACCCCUCGAAUUCCCCGCCUACCUAGAAGUCCUAAGCUAGAGACUGAUUGCCACGACCUAGGAAAAGGGUGUUCUUUCACCAUCAAACCGAAGACUAUAUAUAUGACUUGAAGGAGGACCAGAUUCCUAUGCUUUCAACUACCAGCCAUCGACCAACCACUAGGCAAGAUGUUUAACCGUAGCAACUUUCCCUCGGUCAAUCCCUUUAGCUCGAGCAGCAGUAGCCCCGGACCUGGAGGGGACAGAACGGGCCCGCCGCGAGACCGCUACAAUAGUCCUAAUCAACAGUCAUCUGGUUAUGGGCCGGAUCCUCGAUUGGGUGGAGGGAGCUACGACCGAUCCCCCAUGGCCCGCGGACCGCCACAACAACACAUGCCUUCUAGACAGGGACCUAGUAGAAUUCCACCGAGAGGAGGAGGGGGUGGCAUGGAUGACCGUGUCUGGUCUCUGCGUCCGGCGAAGAGCCCAGAUAAUUCAUAUACAUACGGAAAUCUCGUAGCGGUAUCUCCCCAUGACAUUCCACCUUCCCGCGAUGGUUCGGAUGUCCUCGUUCUCAUAAACGAUAUGUUUGUCUUUUCUGCCCGUCCCCUCGAAGGCUUCCCACCAGGGCACAUUAGCAUGUCUGAUCCACAGAGAACGUGGGCACAAGUGGCAUUGACGGAUAUGGUCACCGUUCGGUUGUAUGACAUUUUCAGCCAAGGCGGGCAAUCAUACCUUGCAUCCAUGGAUCUGGAAAUUGGGUUCGCCGGCAAGAAGCGGACGGAGACGCCUUAUGAUCAAGAUCAGCUCGCGCGAGUCGUUACCCGGAACUUUGAAAACCAAAUAUUGGCCCCUGGUCAAAAGAUUUUGAUGGACGAUAAAAGUAUUCCUCUACUGUUAACAGUUAAGACGGUUCAACUUGGAGACUUAGCUUCGGAGAAAGCAAAAUCGUCCUUAGCUCCGACGACAUCUGAUCCUACUGCCAGAGGAAUCCUAACAUCCUUUACUCUAAUCAACUUUUUUAAAGAUGCAAAGACAGGUAUCAAUGUGAAACCUUCCAAUCGAAGACCUGCGGCAAACUCCAUUAUCCAACCGGAUUUCAAAUUUGAGAACAUGGGAAUCGGUGGCCUGGAUGUGGAAUUCAGCACUAUUUUCCGAAGAGCAUUCGCCUCCCGGAUUUUCCCUCCUGGGCUCGUGGAGAAACUAGGUAUUCAACAUGUCAAGGGAAUUUUGCUCUACGGACCGCCUGGAACAGGAAAAACUCUGAUUGCUAGACAAAUCGGCAAAAUGCUCAAUGCCAGGGAGCCCAAAGUCAUUAAUGGACCUGAGGUUCUGAACAAAUACGUUGGACAGUCAGAGGAGAAUAUUCGAAAAUUGUUUGCGGAUGCGGAAAAAGAGUACAAGGAGAAGGGAGACGAAAGUGGGCUUCAUAUCAUUAUUUUUGACGAACUUGAUGCGGUUUGCAAACAGCGUGGCAGCGGCGCGGGUGGUGGAACUGGCGUUGGCGACAGUGUCGUCAACCAGCUUUUGUCAAAACUCGACGGCGUUGAUCAAUUGAACAACAUCCUCCUGAUUGGAAUGACGAAUCGUAUGGACAUGAUCGAUGACGCUUUACUGCGGCCGGGCCGCCUGGAGGUACACAUGGAAAUUUCACUACCAGACGAAAAUGGACGGGCGCAAAUAUUGAAAAUUCAUACACAGAAAAUGAGAGAGAAUGACAUAAUGGAUAAAGAUGUCGACCUUCUUGAGUUGGCCCAACUGACAAAGAACUUCUCGGGAGCAGAAAUAAGUGGUUUGGUCAAGUCGGCAUCUUCCUUUGCAUUUAACCGACAUGUAAAAGUGGGCACGAUGGCUGGCAUUAGUGAUGAUAUUGUCAACAUGAAGGUCAAUCGUCAAGACUUCCACAAUGCUCUUAACGAGGUAAAACCUGCCUUUGGUGUUUCCGAAGAAGAGCUCGAAAGCUGUCUACACGGCGGUAUCAUCAAUUAUUCACCCGAAAUUAACAGCAUCCUGGGCGAAGGCAAAUUAUUCGUCAACCAAGUGCGGGAUCCUCAAUCAACCACCUCACUCUUCUCCGUCCUCCUUCACGGACCGCCAGGCAGCGGUAAAACAGCACUGGCCGCCAAGAUCGCCAUCGACUCAGAUUUCCCCUUCGUCAAACUUAUUUCCCCGGAGGAUAUGGUUGGUUAUAGUGAAGCCGCUAAGGUCUCACACAUGAACAAGGUAUUCAUGGACGCAUACAAGAGUCCCACCAGCGUCGUCGUGAUGGAUAACAUCGAGCGAAUCAUUGACUGGGUCCCCAUUGGUCCCCGCUUUAGCAACACGGUCCUACAGACCGUGAUGGUAUUGUUGAGAAAGAAACCGCCCGGGGACCGUCGCUUACUUAUCCUUGCUACAACGACCGAACGCUCCAUAUUGAAGCAGCUUGAUGUCUUCAACUCCUUUAAUUCUGAUAUCCGCGUGCCGAAUGUGAAUACCUUCUCUGAACUGUCUUACAUAUUGAAGGAAGCGCAGGCGUUCUCUCCGCAGGAGACAGAAGGUGCGCUCGCAGAACUGCGUAGAUUGACACAGAGCGAGCAGAUCGGGGUUGGGAUUAAGAGGGUGCUUCUUGGGAUUGGGACGGCCAAGCAGGAUACUGAUAGGGCGGGACGGUUUGCUUCUGUGAUAGCGAGGGCGAUGGAGGAGCAGAAUUAUGCGUGACUGUAAUGAUGGGUUUAUGACGUGUUAAUAUAUAUGAAAUUCUUUUACGUCGGGCAGCGCUACUCUAGAAGUCCAUAUUAAGAUUUGACUACAUAUGACCUUUUCUUUCUUUCUUUUUUUUUUCUUUUUUCUUUUGGAUCUACACUACCUACUCCGUUCUACCUCCAUUCGGACAUAUCCCACUUUGUUAUUAGUCACACGAGCGGCCAAGGCGCAAUUGCGAGUGAUAAGGGUACGACAGACGAAACAAUCUUAAGGCCGACCUUACUGCUCAUCCUUAGAUAACGUAGCCUUACUUCGUUGGCUUGGGGCUUCCUUCACCUAUCGCCCCUAGAUCCGUUUGUCAAACAGGCUCGUACCUUGUCUGUUGUGGAUGUUGUUUGCCACUAAGGUCGUCUCUAGCAUUUUGUUGACCGUUCAACAUGGAUUUAAAGCAGAAGAAAUGCGGCCCAAAUUGGAAACAGUUCAGCUUUCUUUUACCCAUCCCUGUGAAGAAUCCUAUGGUUUCAAAAGGAGUCGUGUGUGUAUAGGCCCGAGAGCCGAAGUGUUGGAGCGAUCGGGCUAUUUGAGGGUAGAAGAGGAGGAAUGUGGUUUUUUGUCCCUACAAGGGGGCAACUAAUCCCAGGAUAUUCUUUCACUUCUUUUGAUUAUCAGCCACCUAUCUACAUUGAUUUUAGUUAUCAAAGAAUUG